CCCUGGUCCUUGCCCAAACUCAAAAAAGCCUAUGAAAAAGGUACCAGGGGCAUCUCAUGGGGCCCCCUACUGACCCCAGGCCCUCGAACAGUGCCCGAGUUUCCAAAUGGUCAAUCCGCCCCCUGGAGUGGAGUUAGAAAUAGUAGGCCCCAGGGGCGGACUGACAACUCAUCGGGCCCCCGGGCAAUAGGGGAUCAUGGGGCCCCUGUGUCCUUGCCCAAACUCAAAAAAGCCUAUGAAAAAGGUACCAGGGGCAUCUCAUGGAGCCCCCUACUGACCCCGGGCCCUCGGGCAGUGCCCGAGUUUCCAAAUGGUCAGUCCGCCCCU